AUGGGCCGAACUGUCAAGUAUUUCUCCAAUUUGAGAAAAAAUUUGGGUCCGGGAGUUGAUGGUUGGGCCCUCUCAUUAAAGGCAAUGAUGAGCAUUGUGGUGCUGAUGGGGCUUGCAAUCUGUUUUCUUUACUGGUGGGCGAAUCAUAAUGUUCCUCUUCCAUCACGAAGUAAGAAGAAGAAGUUUCCCUACCUUCAGAACCCACCAAAUUGGUUUAGAGAAAAACCACGAAUGGGAACAAUGGAGAGCUUGAAGUUCUUGGUUUCGUCUAGAUAUGUUAGGGAUCUUGCCACUUUGGUUGUUGCUUAUGGAAUUAGUAUCAACCUUGUUGAGGUUACAUGGAAAUCGAAACUCAAAGCUCAGUUCCCAAGCCCCAACGAGUACUCUUCUUUCAUGGGUGACUUCUCAACUGCAACUGGUAUAAUGACUUUUACAAUGAUGUUGCUGAGCCAAUGGAUAUUUGAUAAGUAUGGUUGGGGAGUCGCAGCCAGGAUCACACCCACAGUCUUACUUCUCACAGGAGUUGGAUUCUUUUCUCUAAUUUUGUUUGGCGAUCCAUUUGCACCUGCUCUUGCGAAGUUUGGGAUGACUCCACUUCUAGCCGCUGUUUAUGUUAAAGGAAAGGCUGCCAUUGAUGUGGUCUGCAACCCGCUGGGAAAGUCUGGAGGUGCUCUGAUCCAGCAAUUCAUGAUCUUAACUUUUGGGUCUCUUGCAAACUCUACUCCUUACCUUGGUGGGGUACUUUUGGUGAUUGUUCUUGCAUGGUUAGCAGCAGCCAAGUCCUUGGACACCCAGUUUACUGCAUUGCGUCAGGAAGAAGAGCUUGAGAAGGAGAUGGAACAAGCAGCAGUGAGAAUCCCUGUUGUGCCAGAAAAGGAAAGUGGGAAUGGCUCUCUUGUGAGCGGGCCAGCGAUGAAUCCCACAGGAGGUGACUCGCCAGGCAUUUCGCCUGAGCCCUCAACUCGUCCCAACAUAUAA